UCCAUGCCACCUUUGUUUCUUUGAAACUUCAUAGAUUUUCUUAGUGUUAUUUUCCCAAUUAUCUCCCCCUUCUUUGUUGUUGUUGAUAUGUGGCACCCAAAAUUGUACAACAUCCAAGUGGAGAGAGAAUAAUGGUCAUCAUGUUGAUUAUGAUCAACGGCCUGAUAUCUUUAGGGGAACAAUUAGAUAUGCGAGUGUCCAUGCUCAUUUGGGGCGCACUGGUAGUAGGAGGGAUGAUUUAGAGUCAAUGGCAUACACCCUUAUUUUCCUGAUAAGAGGAAGAUUACCUUGGCAAGGCUACCAGGGAGAUACCAAGAGUUUCCUUGUUUGCAAGAAGAAAAUGUCUACUUCUCCGGAGAUGCUUUGUUGUUAUUGUCCAGCUCCAUUCAAACAGUUUCUUGAGAUUGUCACAAAUAUGAAAUUUGACAAAGAGCCAAAUUAUGCCAAGCUUAUCUCUCUUUUUGAUGGUUUGAUUGAAGCACCUGCUUCGAGACAAAUCAGAAAUGAUGGGGCUCUCAAGGUUGGACAGAAACGUGGAAGAUUGGUUGCAGAUCUAGAAGAAGAUGAACAACCUAAAAAGAAGGUUAGAUUAGGGAGCCCAGCGGCUCAAUGGAUUUCAGUUUAUAAUGCGAGGUGGCCCAUCAAGCAGAGGUACCAUUACAAUGUGGCUGACUCGAGGCUAAGCCAACAUAUAGAAAAGGGCAACGAUGAUGGGCUUUACAUUAGCAGCAUGGCUUCCUCGGCAAACCUUUGGGCACUCAUCAUGGACGCAGGAACUGGUUUCUGUUCUCAGGUUUAUGAGCUCUUACUAGUUUUCCUCCACAAGGACUGAAUAAUGGAGCAGUGGGAGAAAAGCUACUACAUAACAGCAAUUGCUGGAUCAUCCAACGGGAGCUCAUUGGUUGUCAUGUCCAAAGGUCUUGAUUUGACCUUUUCUUGUCAUUGCUCAGGCUUGCAUAUUGAUCUUCCAUUUCCUCACUACUUUCCCGUUAGCAGUGCAAAAUCCUAUUGUUUCUCUUGUAUGUCAUAAAGCAAUCUCUAU